AUGUUGGUUGUGGAUAAUGUCGAUGGAAGACAUUUUGAUUCCACACAUCACUGUCAAACUCUCCACACAAUACAUGCAGAAACGUUAGCGACCCCAUCUUUAAUGCGGUUAAAGAAAUCAUUCGUCAUGUUGAUCGUGUUAAUCCUUUCGAUUGUCUUAGUUGAUGAUGCUUCGGCGUUGAGCAGGUCUAAUUUCUUUGAAUUUGAUUCAGCGUAUACACAUAUGGUAACCACUAGUGCAACUGAAAAUAUCGGCGAUGACAAUGAUGUGUCGAUUCAUCCAUCAGAGGAUUUUAGAUUACCACGCACAUUGUUUCCACAUUUCUACGAUUUGUCAAUUCAAGUCCAUUUGCACGAUAACAAGUCACAGGCAUUUUUCUUCAAUGGAUCUGUGACAAUAAAAGUUUUCUGUAAUAUGUCCACAACCGAGUUCUUCGUACAUGCAUCCGAUAAUCUGAAUGUGAGCUUGGAUCAAAUCCAUAUGUCGCUUCUUGAUGAAAAAAAUCAAACAAGUUCUUACAUUCAAAUAGACGAAGUUCAUUAUAUUGAAGAUGCUGAGUGUUAUCGAAUUAAACUCAAAACGCCUUUGCAACCAUAUACUUAUUACAACCUGACAUUUGGACAGUUUCGUUCUGAUAUGGACUAUGAUUCUGAUGGACUGUAUAUUAGCAGAUAUUUGGAGAAUGGGAUUUACAAAUAUUUGGCAAGUACUUACAUGGAGUCAAUUUAUGCAAGGAAUGUAUUUCCAUGUUGGGAUGAGCCGGAAUUUAAAGCAAAUUUCAAGGUCAAUAUUGUACGCGAUGAAAAUUUCCAUUCGCUUUCAAACAUGAAUUUGGAAAGUACGGAGGUGUUGUACGAUAAUUGGCGUGUCGACAGAUAUAACACCAGUGUGAAAAUGUCCACAUAUCUGUUGGCAUUUGUAGUUUCACAGUUUUCGAAUAUUCAGAGGACAGACAAUAGAGGACGAAACUUCACUGUUUGGGCAAGACCGGAUAAAAUUCGUUCAGCCGAAUAUGCACUUGAUAUUGGCAUAAAAUUAUUGGGUUACUUUGAAGACUAUUUUGGCAUUCCCUAUUCACUUCCUAAAAUGGAUAUGAUUGCGAUUCCUAACUCUUCAAUAACGGCAAUGGAAAACUGGGGUUUGAUAACUUAUGAUGAAAAUGUGAUGUUAUGGGACGCAGAAAACGGUUCAGUAAAUACCCUAAUUGAUGUGACGUUUACCGUCUCACAUAAACUUGCUCAUCAGUGGUUAGGAAACUUAGUGACAAUGAAAUGGUGGGAUAACUUGUGGCUGAACGAAGGCUUCGCAACAUUUUUCGAAUACAUUGGAGUACAGUUACUACAUCCUGAGUGGAAAAUAGAUGAACUAUUCAUACUGGAUGAAUUGAUGCUUGCACUUGAUAUUGAUACUUCGAUGGAAUCAAGACCAGUCGUUUAUCCAGCUAAUACUACAACACAAAUUAAAAGCAUGUUUGACUUAAUCACCUAUGAUAAGGGCGCCUCUUUGGUUUGGAUGAUGGAGAAAUUCAUGGGCCGUAGCGCUUUUCGAAACGGUUUAAAAAGAUACUUAAUUCGAAACCAAUAUAAGAACACAGAUGAAAAGGAUUUAUGGAAGGCAUUAUCUGAAGAAUGGAAUACUCAAGGAAAUCAUUUGGACAUUGGAUUGGUUAUGGAUUCUUGGACUAAACAAAGGAAUUAUCCACUAGUGAUUGUAAAGAGAAAUGGGUCGAAUGUGUUCUGUUUCGAGCAGAUACGUUACUUUCAACACUAUGGUAACAAGUCAUCUCAAACAAAUCGUGAAUACUCCUGGAGAAUACCAAUCACUUAUGGGUCAGCACAAACGGUGAAUUGGACAAAUGUCGAUAUUGUGUGGAUAAUGAACAACAAAAUGAAUCAAACAAUGAACAUAAGCUCAGACGACUGGUAUUUGGUGAAUGCUAUUCCAGUUUUCUCACGCGCACAAAUAUUGAAUGAUUUAUUCAGUCUUGCAAAUCGUCAUAUCGUGCCAUAUACUCUUUUCUUGAACGCAACAAAAUAUUUAAACCGCGAAGAUGAGUUUAUCGUAUGGAUAACAGCUAGUCGAGCGCUGCUUUACAUUAAUAACGUGCUUGCUCUGAAUGAGAAUUAUGAAGAUUUCCAAGCAUACUUGCGAACUCUUAUCGAUAACCGGAUUCGAUCAGCUAAUUGGUCAUUUGUUGGCAGAGGUCAAGAUCUUCCAAAGAUACGUUUAGACUAUAAUGUGAUCAAACUCGCUUGUGUAGCUGAACACCAACUUUGUGUGAACAAAACUACGGAUCUCUUCAGACAAUGGAUGUCGAAGCCCGAAACCAACCCGAUACGAUCUCCUUUGAGAUUCAUUACUUAUUGUACAGCUAUUCGUCAUGGUGGUCAUGAAGAAUGGAAAUUUUUAGAAAGUCAGCUGACGUUGAACGAUUCUGUAAAUGAGGAAGAUAACGAAAACAAGAUGUUGGCAUUAACGUGUUCUCGUGACACAGAAAUCAUGAAAGAGUACUUAGAGCGGGUAAGAGAGAACGAGAACUUGUGGUUUACGCUUGACUAUUUCGCGAAAUCUCCAGUUGGCAACCAACUUUUAUGGGACCACCUGAGUGAUGUAAAUAAUUUUGAUAAACAUAAGGACUUCACGGAAUCCAUACUAAACGCACUAGCUAAAUAUCCUUACUCAUUGUUUAGUGGAAGAAAUUAUGAAAAGAUCCUCCUAACAGAAGUUAAUCAUCAGAUAGACCCUGAACUUCGAGAACAGCUCAAAUACUUAUUUGAGAUAUCCAGUGAAAAACCGAAAUGGACUGAAGUGUAUUCUGACAUUAUUCAGUGGUUAAAAGAAAAUAUCUCAAUCGUUACCCAUUUAAUAUAG